UUAGAGCCACCUGUCGGACACGCGCUGCGCAUUAAUUCGCACUCGCGAUAAUUUCGUACGCAAAAAAGCUCCAAAAUAAACAGGUAUCGAUGCACCUGCGGCAGUCUUGCGUAGCGCGGGUGGACGCACACAUGUAGAGCUGAGGGCCGAAGGUGCUUUCGCUAUGAUCAUGCUAUUCAAAGGCAACAGCAGCAGGUUGGAGCAUCUAAUAGAGAAGAUUCAGGCGAAUAAGGAAAACCACGACGUGACCACAGAAGAUUUAAAACAAGCGUUGGGCAGCGUCGGCAGCGUGGGCAGCGUCGGUAGCACGGGGGGCAGCUCGUGGCCGUCGUCGACGCCUGAGCCAUCACCCUCGCCAUCCUCCACGCCGACGUCCCACGACGCCGUCGACGCAGAGGCGGACGCGGACGCCGACCCGCCGUUCACGCUGGGUGCGACUGAGCACACUCCCUACAAAUGUAAAUUCUGCGACAAGGCCUUCCCUAGGCUGUCCUACCUCAAGAAACAUGAACAGACCCAUUCUGAUCAGAUGCCGUUCCGAUGUGAGUUCUGCUCGCAUUUGUUCAAGCACAAGAGGUCCCGCGACCGACACGUCAAACUUCACACCGGUGAUCGGAAAUACCGCUGCGCGCACUGCGAAUCUGCUUUCUCCAGAAGCGACCAUCUGAAGAUACACAUGAAAACUCACGACAACCAAAAGCCGUUUCAAUGCACCGUUUGCAACCGAGGGUACAGCACAGCCGCCGCUCUCACGUCCCACAUGCAGGGGCACAAACGGGAGCGUGAGGGUCGUGAAACAAAUCGAAAGCGGGCCUUGCAUUGCUUGCGUUGCGGAGAUGCAUUCCGGCGACCUGAUCUUCUACAAGCCCACAUGUCAAGUGUCCACGGCGUUGAUGGAACCGCAAUGACACCCCCGCGCCGAGUCGCUUCUCAGCCGCCGCCUACUCUACUUGCAUGCAUAUAUUGCACUCGGGAUACAUUUACCAGCAUGGAACAGUUACAGCUACAUGUACGCGCUGCACACUCAGCACUGUUGAAUGGAGAAACUUCUGUACAGUACACAGUCGAUCAGCCUAUGCCGACCGACUUAAGUAGACGUAGUCCCGAAAAUCUAUCGCCAGCUAAACGUGUUCGGUUAAACUCGGGUUCUACAACACCAAAAACCGCUCUAUCCCCGAGUACUCUUUUAUGUAAUCAGUGUGACGCAGCACUUCCAGACUUCGAAGCUUUUCGAGCACAUUUAAAAGCUCAUAUUGAAGAAGGUGGAGAGCUGGGAAGGACGAGUCCCGCACCUUGUCUCCACUGUGGGGCUACGUUCGCCGAUGCGGCGGCCUCUGAGCGUCACUUGGCCGCACAUUAUCUCGCCGUGUCCUGUGAAUAUACCUGCCACAGUUGUGUGCGCAGUUUCCCUACACCUGAAGAUUUGCAGAAACAUCUUUUUGACAUGCACGCUCAUCAUAUGUACCAGUGCAAUCUUUGUAAAGAAAUAUUUGAUUCAAAAGUAGCCAUACAGGCACAUUUCGCAAUGGCUCAUAGUGCCGAAAACAAAGUGUGGGUAUGUCGGUCCUGUGGUUCCGCUGGAGGAGCGCUGCGUACGGAGGCUGAAGGGUCGGCCCACGUGCGAGCACGUCACGCGGCCGCGCGCUGCACUUGCGGCGCCGUGCUCUCCGGCUCACGUGCGCUCAGGGCCCACGCGGCGGCACAUCACACGUUCCGCUGCCCUGUUCCAACUUGUACUGAAUCCUUCGCUGUGCAAUAUCUACUAGAGCGCCACAUACAAACUCAUCAUGCUGUUGCGCAUCAAGGUGCCAACGGUGAUAUAAUAAGAGCCAAACGAACAGAAAAUAACAACGCCACUGAAGGAGACGGAGCGAGUCCUCCAUGCGUUAGUGGGGGCGAUGGCCAUGCGCCUGUCACGUCAGGCGGAGAUGAACGCAGGCGUAAGAAUGGCGCUGUGGCAUUACAGUGUGCAUACUGUGGCGAACGUACGCGAAGUAGGGCUGAACUAGAGGCGCACACUCGUGCCCACUCCGGAGCAGGCGCGGCGCGGCACAAGUGCCUCAUCUGUGACGAAGUGCUACCUUCUGCUGGCGUACUUGCUGAGCAUAAACUUACACAUUGCAAGGUAGUUGCUGGUGAUACUUGCGCUCGAUGUCGAUCAAGGCUACCAUCAGAAGAGGCGUUCUUGACUCACAUGGCACGGCACCAUCCUGCAUUACCAGCCCCCUGCGUCAUUUGCCGUCAGACCUUAGCUUCGGAGGCUGAAGCGCGUUUGCACGCCCGCUUUCAUUUAAGACCGAAUGAGGACGAACAGAGAUGUGCAAUAUGUCUCCGAGCUUUGUCGGAAAGUGAGGCUGGCGAAGGAGCGAGGGCCUGCAGUGCUUGUUACGCUCGUCACGCUGCCCCGAGACCACCUCCUUCGUCCGAUCAUGACUGCCGUCUUUGCCGUCGAACCCUCGGCUCUCCUACCCGCCUACAAGCCCAUCUUAUAGAACACACAUUCGCUGGCAUUGGAGCGUUUACAUGCUACCUUUGCUCGGCUAUGUUUACAAGCGCAGCGGGACUGCAAAGGCAUUUGCCAGAACACGCAUCAGCACCCAGGCCAUAUGACUGUGGCCGUUGCGGACUGAAGUUCUUCUUCAGAGCCGAACUCGAUAACCACGCGUUCGUUCACCUUGAAGAAGCUGAAAUAGCCCAGAGAGCAUUCUAUGAAGCCUAUGCUCGUGGGGCGGCAUCGGCAUGGGCUGCUUUGCAACCGACAGACCUAGCAUCGCAGCCUACGGUAUCAACUCCAGCCCCAGUUGAUAAUGAAGUGACAGUCAAGCGAGAACCAGAAGUUAAAGAAGAACGCAACGAUGAAUAUAUUGAAGUGUCAUCGCCCCCUCCUCCUCAGCCGCCCCCGCAGCCCGAGCCAGUAUCUACUUCUCCGCCGGUAGUGAAAAUAGAGAAAACUGACGGAGACUGAAUGAAAAUCUAACGUCCAAAAUUAAUACAAUCAAUCUAAUCCAUAACCUACGGAUGACAGAUUGGAGGUAUAGGAGGCUUUCGAUUCGGGGAAACCAAGUUCUAUCCCCGGCACGCACCUCUACCUUUUCGGAGAUAAGUGCGUUAUAAUCAAGUCAAAUUUCACUUGCUUUAAAGGAAAAACCGAGAGGAAACCUGCUCAUAAUUUACUUAAUCGCGACUACGGCCAAAACCCUUCUCAUUCUUGAAAAGAGACCCUUGCUCUUUAGUGGGCUAGUGUAAUGGGUUAUUAAUGAUGAUGAUGAUCUACAUGAAGGGUAAGAAAAUGAUUGCAUUCCUAAUUUUAAUCUGCCAUUUGAUGAUUUUGGAUUAGAUUGAUUUUUAAUUUCGGUUGUAAAUGAACGCUAUCGUCCGGUGUGGGAUCCAGUCCUACUGCAAUACUAGAUUACGUCCUUGCAAAUUAUGCACUAGUUAGUUUUGUUAAAUAGUUGCGUCUGUUAAUGUUGAGCGUUUAGAACGCAAAUAUGUAAAACUUAGAUAGAUCGUCUUCGUUUAUGUUGGUUAGGGAACGUAUGUUUUAUAAUGUUUA